GCUGACACUGCACACGGGGCGGGGCCUUCACCGGCUGCUGUGUGUCUUCCUCGGAACCAGGCUGUCCCGCUCGCCCGGAGCGUUUGCCAUGGACACUGGGCACGUAAGCAGAUCCCGCUUCAGUGUGGCCUCCAGCCCGCCGCGGUGGGAGAUCGGGCUCUACGCCGCCGGCGCCUUGGCGCUGCUGGGAAUCGCGGCCAUCAACCUGUGGAAGCUCUGGCGCUCCGGGAGCUACCCGGCCCCUUCCCCCUUCCCCAACUAUGACUACCGGUACCUGGAGCAGAAAUACGGAGCGGCGUGCCCGGACAUCAGGAACAAGCGAGGGCUGGCCCCGGGCUCGCAGCGGGCUCCAGGUCGGAGCUCUUCGUCCCGCAAGAGCAGCCUGAGGGCAGAGGACACCUUGGAGAGCAUCCAGGAGCUGGGCAGCCUGGAGCUGAUGGGCAGAGACCUGGGCCUGGCCCACUACGGCCCCCUGCGGAAAUCCAUCUCGGCCGACUCCCUCAAUUCCAUCUCGUCCAUCGGGAACAACUUCGGGCAGGAUUUCACGGUGGGGCAGGUGGAGGUGUCCAUGGAGUACGACGGGAGGGCGGCCGCCCUGCACGUGACGCUGCUGCAGGGCAAGGACCUGCUGGAGAAGGAGGAUGCGCGCUUCGAGUCCUGCUUCAUGCGCAUCAGCCUCCUCCCGGCCGAGCAGAUCGUCGGCAUCUCCCGGAUCCAGAGGAGCGCCUACUCCGUGGCCUUUGACGAGCGUUUCUCGGUGCCGCUGGAUCCGGCGGCGCUGGAGGAGAACAGCCUGCGCUUCUCCGUCUUCGGCAUCGACGAGGACGAGCGGAGCGUCAGCACCGGCGUGGCCGAGCUCAAGCUCUCCGACCUGGACCUGGCCACGCGCCCCUUCAACGCCUGGCUCUACCUGCAGGACACCAACAAGGCGGUGGACACGGUGGGGGAGAUCCUGCUCUCCCUGAGUUACCUGCCCACGGCCGAGCGGCUCACGGUGGUGGUGGUCAAAGCCAAGAACCUCGUGUGGAGCAAUGGGAAGGUGACCGCAGAUCCCUUCGUCAAGGUGUACCUGCUGCAGGACGGGAGGAAGAUCAGCAAGAAGAAGACAGCAGUGAAGAGGGGAGACACCAACCCCGUGUUCAACGAGGCCAUGAUCUUCUCCGUGCCGGCCAUCGUGCUCCAGGAGCUGUCCCUGCGCGUGACGGUGGCCGAGAGCGGCGAGGACGGGCGCGGUGACAACACGGGCCACGUGCUCAUCGGGCCCGCGGCCAGCGGCAUGGGCACCACGCACUGGAACCAGAUGCUGGCCACGCUCCGCAAGCCCGUCUCCAUGUGGCAUCCGCUCCGCAGGAAUUAGGCCGGAUCUGGGGACAGCGGGCCUGAAGUGGGGACUGGGUGGCACCGCACGAGGACGAGGUGCCGUCACUGAGGAGCCCAAAACACCGGGAGCACGGACAGAGCGGCUCCGUGGGCACGUUCCGGGUCACCCCCGCACGCGCUGGGCCAGACCUGCCGGAAAGGAGCCCGAAUGGAUCAGAAUCAGCAGGAACCUCCCCAAACCAUGGCUCCCGAGCGUUCCACGUGCUCCCAACGGCCUUGAAAUCCGUGGAAUCCUCAAAUGCAGACUCUGAGCGAGGGAGAGGGGAGGAUUCCUUUGGAAGGUGGUUUUCGGGUGGGAAUCGUCAGGGGGGUGAUAAAAGCCAGCCUGGCGUGGGUGGUGAUCCUGAGGGGAUCUUUUGUAGUGACUUUGGUGUGCUGUGCCAGGGUUGGAAUGUUUCCAGUGAGAAUGGAAAAAGGGAGCAAUAACAGCAGAAAAUCAAUUGUUACAUACGGCUUCUCCUCCCAUCUGUUUCCCCACACAGUAAAUCCCUGCCCAUCUCCACUGGCUGCACAGGCUGGGAUUGGUUUCCAACCUCUUGGGACUGAGGUCAGAUCCAUGCUGGGAAUCAUCCCCUAAAUGUCCAGUAGGAUCAGGGGCAGCUUUUCCCAACCAAGCCACUUUUCCAACCCAAACUUACCCUCAGAGUGCUCAGGACAGCACUGCAAAUUCCUGCUCCUUAACACAACUCUCACAACUGGCGAUUGCUUUUUCCAGCCUCUAAUCCUGGACUUGGGCUGUGACUUACCCUGCAACUCAUUUUAUCCAAGAUUUGGGCAUAGAGAGGAACAUCUUGGCCCUAUGACCCAAGGCAUGGUUUGGGCUCGAGGCCUCCCCUUCCCCAUCCCUAUUCCCAUUCCCAGGCACACCUGGAGCAGGGCUGAGCCCCCUCCUGAGCCCCUGGCCCAGGUGGGGAGGGAAUGGCUGCAGUGUGUGUA